AUGGAAGCUUGUCACCCUCCACAGCAAUUCAAUGUCACUGCAUAUGCAGCCACAGCUGUGGCCAUAAUCACCCUGGAGGCAUUUGCAGGCAUGUGGAUCAAUGCUUUCAUCGUUUGUGUGCUUUGCAUUGCCUGGGUCAAGAAGAAAACCCUGAACUCUAAUGAGAAGAUCUUGCUGCUGCUGGGAUGCUCCAGGAUUUCCUCUUUGUGCUUCACAUGGAUAUAUCGCUUCCUUUCAAUGAUUUAUCCCCAUAUCCUUCAUGUUCAAACCAUAUGUCAACUACUUAGAUCUCUGGCAACCCUUUUUAAUUAUUCCAACUUGUGGGUCUCAGCCUGUCUUUGUGGUUUUUACUGCAUAAAAAUUGCCAAUUUCAGGAACAGCUUCUUCAUCUACCUGAAAGUAAAAGUUGACAGGAUGGUGCCCUGGCUCUUGUUGGGGUCAGAGAUUUUAGCCUUGGCUAUUAGUAUCUUUACCUAUGUCCUCAGUGAAUCUCUGCAGAUGAACAACAUCACUUUCACAGGUCAAGAAAUUUUUUGGGAAGUAACUAUCAGAAAGAAUAAACAUCUUUUCUCUUCUCAUUUUCUUGCUGGCCUUGUGUUUGCUGCCUCAUUCCUGGUGGUCACCUUUUCUGCUGUUUUCCUUCUCUUUUCCCUCUGGAGACACAAACGCACGAUGCAGACAAACUCCAUGAAGGACCUCAGCGUGGAUGCCCACAUCAGAGCCAUGAAAUCUGUCCUCUCCUUCUUAGUUAUGUACAGCAUCAACUUUGUAUGUUUGAUGUUGAAAAUAAUUUAUGCCACAAAGAAAGAAAAUAUAAUGAAACUCCUUAUAUACAUGUAUCUGUUUGCUUUUCCAGGUGUUCAUUCCCUUAUUCUGAUUUUCAGUAAUCCCAAGCUGGAAAAGGCAUUGCUAAAGAUUCUCUCCUGUGUGAAGUGUGAGGGUUUUAUCAAGUAG